AUGCGCUCCUUUCAAGCAUUGGCCCUCGGCCUUGUCUCCGCCGCUGUCGCAUCGGCAUCAGAUGUUGCAUCUUUGACCAAAGACACUUUCCCAGACUUUAUCAAGGAAAACGAUUUAGUCCUUGCUGAGUUCUUUGCACCAUGGUGUGGACACUGCAAGGCGCUCGCACCAGAGUAUGAGGAGGCUGCCACAACAUUGAAGGAGAAGAACAUCAAGCUCGCCAAGGUCGACUGCACAGAAGAGGCCGAUCUCUGCCAAAGUUUUGGCGUCGAGGGAUACCCAACUAUGAAGCUUUUCCGCGGUCCUGAUAAUGUCUCGCCUUACUCCGGCGCGAGAAAGGCACCUGCAAUUGUGUCCUACAUGACCAAGCAGUCCCUCCCUGCCGUCUCAAUUCUUUCUAAGGAUACCCUGGAGGACUUCAAGACUGCCGAUAAGGUCGUUUUGGUUGCCUACUUGGCCGCUGAUGACAAGACCUCCAACACCACAUUCACAACCGUUGCUGAGAAGCUCCGGGACAAUUUUCUUUUUGGAGCUGUCAAUGACGCCGAUGUAGCUAAGGCUGAGGGUGUUACUUUCCCAGCUGUCGUUCUCUACAAGUCAUUCGAUGAGGGCAAGACUGUUUUCACCGAGACUUUCGACGCUGAGACCAUUGAGAAAUUUGCCAAUACCGCAUCCAUUCCAUUGAUUGGCGAAGUUGGCCCAGAGACAUAUGCCGGCUACAUGGCCACAGGUAUUCCUUUGGCAUAUAUCUUCGCUGAGACCGAAGAGGAGCGAACCACCAUCUCCAAGGCCCUUAAGGAUGUUGCCGAGCUUCACAGAGGCAAGGUUAGCUUUGCUACUAUUGAUGCCAAGGCAUUCGGUGCUCACGCUGGCAACUUGAACCUCAAGGCAGACAAGUUCCCCGCUUUCGCCAUCCAGGACACCGUCAACAACAAGAAGUACCCAUAUGACCAAGAAUUGGAGAUCACCGCCGAGACCAUUGGCAAGUUUGUCGCCGAAUUCGCUGAUGGCAAGGUUGAGCCUAGCAUCAAGUCGGAGCCAAUCCCAGAGACUCAGGAAGGCCCAGUUCAAAUCGUUGUUGCCAAGAACUACGACGAUAUUGUCUUGGAUGACAAGAAGGAUGUCUUGAUCGAGUUUUACGCCCCAUGGUGCGGUCACUGCAAGGCUCUUGCCCCCAAGUAUGACAUCCUCGCCCAACUUUACGUCGAUGGUGGAUUCACCGAGAAGGUCACAAUCGCCAAGGUCGAUGCAACCCUCAACGAUGUCCCCGAUGAGAUCCAAGGAUUCCCUACCAUUAAGCUUUACAAGGCUGGCGACAAGAAGAACCCAGUUACAUACAGCGGCAGCCGUAGCAUCGAGGAUCUUAUCAAGUUCGUCAAGGAGAACGGCAAGCAUGCUGUUGAGGUCACUUAUGAGGAAGAGGCUGCUGAGGCUGAGAAGCCAGUCGUUGAGUCCAUGGCCGAGCAAGCCGCUGCUGCAACUGAGGCAGCUAAGGAGGCAGUUGAGGAUGCCACUGAGGCAGUCAAGAGCAAGGCCUCCGAGGCAGCCGAGGAGCAUGAUGAGUUGUAG